UCUCACCUUCACCUUCACCUAAGAAAAAUGCGUAGCAUUCUGACUGCUAUUCUUUGUAUUGGGCUAACGGGCGUUGUCAAGGCUACGGACGGUCGUUGGGGACAAGGAUGCACCUACAUUACACUGACUAAGCAAAUAUAUUGUUUUGGUGGAGAACCAUUUUCAGACAGCAAUAAACAGAUUCCAGUAUAUUCUUUAAACGUAACCGACAACAGUGUAGUUGAUAUAUCGAAUCCAGUAUGGAACACUAUUGAAGGCGUCCCAAACAACAUCAGUCCAAGCGCUGCAAGUCGGUUUAUAUUUGCGGCAGUUCCGGACACUGAUUUAGUAUACCUUAAAGGUGGAAUUGUGUGCACUGCCUGCACUUAUAACUCAGGAUACUUUUACAAUGUGACAAGCAAUCAAUGGAAAAAAACGAAUACUGAGACACCAGUAUACGCUGCUGCCUUCACUCCUGUGAACAACAAUCUCUAUUAUUUUGGUGGAAAAACUGUUACUGCAACAGGUUUUGACACCCCGAAAACCAUCUUAUAUAAUUAUGUGUCCUCUACAGUUAUGAAGACAGGUGUUGGUGGGCCAAAUAUUUCUCCCCUUAAUGGAUCAGCGCCAAUCCAGGAUACAUGGGCUGCUUCUAUGGUCUAUUCUACUACUUAUUCACUGCUUAUUAUUAUUGGUGGAGAGCAAGGUUCCGAAGUAUCAGGACCUGUCGCCAUGGAUGAUAUUAUCGCCGUUAAUAUAAAAACAAAUUUAUACAGCAAGUGGAACGAUACGAUAUCUACAACUGGAAGUCUACCUCCUACUAGAUGGGCACACUCCCUGAUAAUGGAUCCUACUAAUACCAACGCCAUUAUGUUUGGUGGUUGUGAUAAUAAUGGAGGAGCAAUGAACGAUCUUUGGUUGUACAAUGUGGUUAAGCGUACUUGGUCCCCACAAAAGACAACUGGAACACCGCCUACCCCAAGGUGCCGGCACUCUGCUGUUGUAGUUGGAAAAUACAUGUUUAUUUUGUUCGGUGGAAAUAAUGACGUCUUCAACGCUGAUAUUAAUGUUGCUCUUGACAUGAAUACUUGGGAAUGGACCACUGCACCUGUUAUUGGCACUCCUUCUAUUUCUUCAUCCACAUCAGGCUCUAACUCAAAUCCGACUUCUCCUGGGGUUAUCAGUAGCAAUAAGGAUGACACCUCUGGAAUUUCUGGGGGUGCUAUUGCAGGUAUUGUCGUUGGAGCCAUUGCAGGCGUUGGCAUUAUCGGUGCACUCUUUUUCUUCGUAUUUAAGAGACGCAAUAGAUAUUCAAAUGCAAAUAACCAUUCAGAGGAUUUUAGCAAGGAAGAAAAUCUUAUCAAUAAGCAGAAUAAUGUAAUUCCCUCCCAGUCAGUUGAUAAAAGGGCAUAUGCCUCUCCAGAGACAAUGGUAAAGCCUGAUCAAUCAGUUCCUGGAUCUGCGUUGCCAGCAGGACGUAUAAUUCUUGAGCCAGUUAAGCCAAAUGGAAUUAAUUGACUCCAUUGAUUCCAUUGAUUCCAUUUCAGCCCAUAUACAGCUUCACCUGUAACGCCUAAUAUAUCUUUGUAUAAUUAACAUAAGUCCACUACGCAUAGCCGAAACCGUUUACCUCUAGAGUCUGUCAAAUAUCUAAACAAAGUUUACUUUAAUGAAUUUUUAAACCAUUCAAAUUAAUCAAGCUCAUAAUAAAACUUAAAAUAAUAUAACAUUUAUCUAGAGUU